AAAGCAUAGUAAUAAAAAAGAGAGAAAAAUUAAUAUUUCUUCAUUUUCGUUCACAUCAUGAAAGUUGACUUUAAUAGCUUUUAUAUCUAAACUUUGGCCUGAAUUUCUAGCAUAAGAUCAAAAUCAAAACACUUUUUAGACCACCUUGUUACAGUAUAACAAAAUGGCGGCCACUAAUAAAGUUCCAUCCAAAACCAACCAACGGUAUGAUAGGCUAAGUGAAGUAAAAGCUUUUGAUGAAACAAAAGCUGGUGUCAAAGGGCUUGUUGAUGCUGGGAUUGCUCAGAUUCCACGUAUUUUCUAUCAUCCACCAAAUGACAUAAACAACAAAUCCGUUUGUAAUGAUACCCAGUUGAUUAUUCCAGUUAUAGACCUCGGAGACAUUUCCAAAGACUCAGUUAAACGCCAAGAGAUUGUUAAAAGAGUAGGUGAGGCAUCAGAGACAUGGGGAUUCUUUCAAGUUGUAAAUCAUGGAAUCCCAGUGGGUGUUCUGGAGGAGAUAAAAGAUGGGGCCCGUCGGUUUUUCGAGCAAGACAACGAGGUGAAGAAAGAAGUCUAUACAAGGGAUAUCACCAGGAAAAUGGUGUACAACAGCAACUUUGAUUUGUACACUUCAACUGCUGCAAACUGGAGAGACACCUUUUUCAGCUAUAUGGCACCUUCUCCUCCACACCCUGAAGAAUUGCCCGAGGCUUGCAGGAGCAAACCAAGAACCAUAAUUUUGCUGCAAACAAUGUCUUUGAUCAAUUUGUUCAAUGACAGGGAGGAGAUGUUUUUGUACACCAAGCAAGUCAUGAAAUUAGGGGUUACUUUGUUGGAGUUGUUGUCCGAGGCUCUUGGGUUAAACAAAGACCAUCUAAAGGAGAUGGAAUGUGGUGAGGGACUUGCAUUUGUAGGCCAUUACUAUCCGGCAUGUCCCCAGCCAGAGCUAACCUUGGGAACAACCAAGCAUACAGAUAAUGACUUCCUUACUGUGCUUCUGCAAGACCACAUUGGAGGGCUCCAAGUCUUUCAUAACAGUCAGUGGGUGGAUGUCCCUCCUGUGCCUGGAGCUUUAGUGGUUAAUAUUGGAGAUCUUCUACAGGCAAGUUUUUGCUUUCUGUUGAACUUGUUUGGUUGUUUGGUUAGGGUCUGGCUAAUUGAUAUGUGUUUGCUUAUAUAAAAUGACAAAUUUAAAAGUGUAGAACACAGAGUAUUAGCAAACCAUCUAGGCCCAAGGAUAUCGGUGGCAUGCUUUUUCAGCACCAGUUUUCAGCCAUCUUCCAGACUAUAUGGACCCAUUAAGGAGCUAUUAUCAGAAGAUAAUCCACCUGUGUACAGAGAAACCACGGUCAAUGAGUAUGUCACCUACUCGUUUCAACACAAUGUUGAAGGUACUUCUCCACUGCAACAUUUUAAGCUGUAAAAACUUGGCUAUGCAAGGCUGCUGGUGGUGGAGAUUCACAAGUGCUAGCAUCGUUUGCUUGGGAUUCAUUCAAUAGUCUUGGAAUCCUAUUUUAAUUGUCAAGUUAAUAACAAAAUUAGUAAAGCUCUACAUCUUUUAUAUGACAAUACAAAGAACUUGUCUCACCUGUUAACUGAUCACUAUUUCACACAUUUGAUAUUUGGCCAAUUUUUCAAUCAUUGUAUGUCAUCAUAAACUCCUGAACAAAAACAUAUUAAUAUAUAACACCAACGUAUAUGGAUGGCACUCCACUGAGUUCUGAAGGUA